UUAGUUUAACGGUUUACUUUUACUUCUUUAACCUUGUUAACAGUGCGUUUCUCGUAACACAUGCAGUCCGGUCUGUAUUUUGUUCGGUGUUGUGGCCAUGGCAGGGCGGUGUGGUGUUGAGACCUGGGCACAGCUGGGCUGUUCGGCUGCACACAGCACCCCGAGCCUCAGCUCUGGAUGUGGGACACAUGUGUUCAUCUGCCCCGGAGGGGACGACGUCUAUGUCUUCAACACACAGGACAGAAAACUCACGGGUGUCCUCCAGUUUCCAGCUCCAGUUUGGGACCUGGUUGAGAGUCAGGAUCAGCAGCAUCUUUAUGCAGCCUGUAGAGAUGGAGUUUACUGUGUCAGUUUACCAACCCUGCUUCCCAGGGACCAGAGCUGCCUAGAUGACGUAUCCUCCAGUCCAGCUGAGGUGCAAGUCUCCGGCGAGAGUCUUGCUUUUAGGGAGGAAGGGGUCUUAUCUAUGCUUGUUACUGACUCAGUGCUCAUGACCCUUUCUCACAGAGACAACACUUGGCUGUUGACUGUCUACAAAAUGACAAAGCAGUCCAGUAGUUUUGAGAUGCUCAGAUCAUGUAGUGUACCACUUGUCUCAGCUGGUAGCGCAAAGGAAAAUAGGUCCCUAGAACGGAGACCUGCACUUAUUUGUGUCCGCUCUGGUGAUACACCUUCAACCUCUUCCCUCUCCUCAGGUUUUUUGUCAGAUAGGCAUGUUCACCUGGAGCCUUUACUUUUCAAACUUUUAUUUGGGGUAGAUGCUGCUCUCGCCAAAUCACCAGUUAUUCUUUGUGGGCUGCCAGAUGGACGCUUGUGUUUCCUGCCUCUGCAUCUCCCAGGAACACAGCUUAGAGUCCUUCACAGCCUUGAGCAGCCGGUCGUAUUUGUUGGAGCAUCUGUUGCCGUGGAAACAGGUUCGGGACGUGCACUGUGUUUGGUGGCUGUGGGUGAACAUGGGAGAGUGGUGGUGAUAAAGACCUGUAAGGCCGCCUCAGAGGGAGGGAGCAGCCACGCUGGUUUCACUGAGGGGUGUGUCCCAGGUCCAGUGGUGUGGGCCUGUGUGGGUCAACAGUGUCUUUACUUCAGCACCGGUUCAGACCUAUUGACACUGAAUCUGUCAGAGGAAUCAGAUGGGACAGAGAGUCGAGGAUGGGAUAAGGAGGCAUCCAGUAAGGCAGCCGCUGGACUUCAGAGCCCCACCAGUCUAAAUGUGUGUAGACUCAUCGCCUUGACUGGACCUACACACAACGCCACAGGUGACGUUGAGCUGUUGGGGCUGUCUGUCAGAGGGCAGCUCCAGAGGAUUACUUUACCUGUGGGAAAAGAGGACUCAGGACUGUCAAAGUCAACCCCCAUGCAGGUGUCCCGCAGUGUCAGGGACCUGGUGUCUGCUAUUGGAGAUGUUUGUGAAAGAGCAUCAGUUUUGAAAAGUGCCAUCAAAUUCAAAAACCAACUUCUCCAACACCUUAAUCAGGUGCUUAACAUCAGCUGCCUGCUAAUGGGUUGGACAAACAGUGAAGAGAAGCCAAUCAGGUGUCACGCCAUGACUAGCUGGAGCAGACUGCUUCAGAAAGACUCCUUAAACCUGAUGUGUGUCCUGGAUAAUUCAAGUCCUUACUUUCUAGAGCAAGGCUGGACACUGAGCACCACUGUGUUUCCUCUGUCCCACUCUCACACUCCACAAGGGGAGAGGUCAUCCACAAAUUUUUUAUUCCCGUUCUACAACCUCCAUCCAGGAGGACAGUUGGAAGUGUCUCUACCAUUAUCAGCAGCAGAUGACACCUCCUUCCCCAUAACAGUGAGCUGUGCACUCAUUUUCUCACUCACAAGUCUUUUAGGAGAGAAAGAGCUGGCAAGCCUUCACAACGUACAGAAUACUAGUGUCACUUUACCAUUAAACACACUCACUGUGGACUGGUUGCAUGCGCUGCAGGUGAAUUCCACUACUACACAUAAAAAUCCAACACCUCAAACCAACAUAAGCACCACAGCAGAUAACAUCCAAGCAUUUCUAAGCUCACGUGGGAACAGGUGUCUUAAAAAAGAGGAAGGAACACAGACCGAGAAAUAUUCAGCGAGUGUUCAGGUGUCUUCAGAUCUGCUGAGGGAUACGCUGGUGAUGAAAAGCUUAGAUUUAGAGCCUCAGGCUCCUGUAGAUGUCUGUGUUUCUCUGCUGGACUGGCUGCUGUCUGACGGUCCUGGAGGUGUGAAGAGGAGACACCAAGGGGACCAGAGUGUCCUAAAUGCACCAGUUGUCCAUGCUCAAGGACCAAGUCGAUGCACAGUUAAACUGACUGCAAAGGAGGUGAAUUUGGGGAUAGAGAAGGAGUCCCUGGUCAUUGUGGAGGUUCAGGUUGAAAGCUUGUCUUUGGCGGCUGUGUGUGGACUGCACCAUGCUGUCCUGAGCAGGAUACAGACUCUGGUGCAGAGGGCACCUGAGAAGACUGCUUCUGCCAAGACGGUGCAGACUCUAGGUUUAAGACAGGCUCUGCACCAUGCUGAGCGCUUGUUACAGCAGAUCCAGCAAAGUCGAGUCUGUGGGGCUUUCAGCGCUGGCAUGUCCACAGGGCAUCUGACCCGAUCGCUUCUCAACGUAUACCAAGAACUCAGAGAAAGCCCUCUACUCAUUCUUUAAAGCCCGUCUCAGCAGAACCAACACAUCUACCCUCAGUGUUGUCCACUGUGAUGUAAUCUGUCUUUGACUUAUGUGCAACAGUGAUGACACACAUUUGUAGAAGGAAUUUAUUGGUAUGACCUAAACUAUG